UUACGAGACGUAAAAGUGAAUUAAAACCUUGUAUAUCUUGCGAUAUCGUUCAAAAAACGAUUUCACCAGUAAAAUUAAAUUUUGAUAUCGUAGAUCUUACACAAGGAACUAAUACUAGAAGUUCCAAGAGAAUAUUCCUCAGAAGCAGAAGUCAAUCUACCGUUAAAACAAUAAAAUCUCGUUCGAACAUACAAAAAACAAGAACAGAAAGCCUAGAGUCUUUGGCAAAGGAAGUUGUGGACCAAGGUACAAGCAGUCAAGAGACUGUAGUGAAAAAAACACGGAGGAAUACCUCCAAAACAAUUCAAACUCGUUCAGACAUAGAAAAAUUAAGAACAGAAAAGUCUUCAGCAAAGGAAGACGUGGACCACGGUAUAAGCAGUCAAGAAACUUUGAUGAAAUCAACAGAGGCGACAAACGUUUCUAAAUUAUCUAAUAAGGAGAAGACUGUUGCGUCUACUGUAGCGUCGGACAUGAGUAAGAGUGUAGCUAGCGUGAGAAGCUGGUUGAAAAAGAAUGCUGCAGAGUCAUCCAAGACAGACAUAGCGACAGUGAAAGAAAUGCUGUACCAAGAGGUGAUGGAGACAUUAAAUACUCGACUAGUCGAAAUUAAUGAAGCUACUGGAGAAGCGUUGCAAGCAGCCUUCUUAAAGGACAUAGAAGAACUUGACAGCCUUAAACAGAGGAUCGAUGCACUUGAGAAGAGCAAAAUGGACAGAGUUUGCGCUCUCAUUCGCGCAGACGCUGAACACAAGAAACGCAUGCUACAACUUCUGAAGGAAGACAUCCAACGGAUUUUAAAAUGAACUAUUUCUUUUAUUGUACACCAUAGACGGCAUAGACUAAUAAGCCUGUCCUCGCGAUUAAAGCAUGUUUACACGGAGCAAGGCAAUUUCAGCAAACAGAGUUAGGUCAUCCCUUUCAAACCAAGGGGUGUGUCAAAAAAUGGUACCCAGCUAGUGAUUUCGGUUUCAAAGUUUUUUUUCUUCAAAAACGUUUUUUAUUUUAAAGUUAAAUUGCUGUCAGUUCUGUUGAAAUAUUAUUUUAUGGUUGUUUAUUUUGCCUUUAAAUUAAUUCGUUUUUGUUUUUAUAAUUAUAAAAUUGAUUGUUUAUUCUCGAAAACGUAAUACAUAUAUCAAAGUUAAUACUUAAAAAUGUUAUAAUAGUUAUAAGUGAUACUGUUGACACAAAUAUUGUUUCAUUGUUAAUUAUUUUUCCUUUAAUGAAAUUCGUUAUGUUUAUUUUCAUUUAUAAAAUUGAUUAUUUAUGUUCUCCAAGAUGUACUAUGUAUAUCAAAGUUGAUAGUUUAUUGUUAGUUAUAAGCGGUACUGAUGUAUGUAUCUACAAAUAUAUAAAAUAUAGUUCAAUCAUUUGAGCAUUAAUAUCAAAAAAUAAAUACAUAGUGUUGACAAUAUAUUCUGUUUAUUUUUAAAUGACCUAGAGCAAUAACAGGUUUAACUUUCAAAAUAGUCGCCCAACUUAAAGAUCGGCAACGCACCUUGCACCCUUCAGUGGACUAUAUGUAUUUCACCAGUGACAUUCUGUGCCUAUUUCUGGCUGGGUUGAUAUUUAAGUAAAAUUGCUCAGCGUCAAUUUAUUUCCUUGUUGAACAGACAAAUAAAAAAAAUUAAACUCAUAACACCUACGGUCCGCCUGGUGGUAAGCAGUCACAGAGCCUAUGGACGCCUGUUAUGUAAAGGUACCCCACGCUG